UCAAUACUAACCAGAGUCGUCUGACCAGUAAAUCACGAUGUACCUCUUACUGUUGUUCACUUUAGUGAGUGUCUGCGUGGCGUGGUUGUAUGCGAAAUGGAUGCAUAUGAAGAGUUAUUGGGUGAACAGGGGUGUCCCCCAGGGACCCGUGAACCCUAUAUUUGGUAGCAUGAGGUUCUUGCAGCAAAAGAAUCCGGGAGUAUGGAUGCGUGAGCUGUACGAGCAGUUCAAGGAGUUCCCGUACGUGGGUAUCUGGGUGUUCUGGCGGCCAGGCCUGGUCAUCAACAGCCCGGAGCUGGCGCGGCAGGUGCUCGUCAAGGACGCCGACGUCUUCAGGAACAGGCUCCUGCGCUCUGGCAAGCGGGAUCCUCUCGGGGCCUUGAAUCUGUUGACUGUUGACGACCCACUAUGGAGUUCCAUCCGCAGACGUCUAACAUCAGUGUUCACGGCUUCCAAGCUGAGAGGUUGGCACGAGUUGUACCAGAGCAAGGUGUCGGACCUGGUGGAGCGCAUCCGAACUGACAAGGAGAAGGGAGUCACCGUCAACUUGAGGUCUCUGUUCGCGGACUAUUCAACUGACAUCAUUGGAGAGUCCUCGUUCGGCAUUCAGUGCCAAGCCACCAAGAACAGCAGCGGACCCCUGAGAGCCAUGACGCUGGAGUUCGAGAAGUACAGCACGUGGAGGGGCAUGGGCUGGUCCUCCAUGUUCUUUGUGCCAGAAAUGGUUGAUAUAUUUGGGUUCUCGUUCUGGCCACAAAACACAGUUGAUUACUUCAGGAAGAUUUUCUCCAUGAUGGUAAAAGAAAGAGGAGGAUUAGACAAGGAGGUCGAUGGAAAGAGAGACCUUCUUGAUGCUCUACUCAAGAUGAGACAGGAUGCUUUGAAGGAUAACCAGGAUAUGGAUUUGGAUAUUCUAGUCUCGAAUGCAAUGAUCCUCCUUCAAGGAGGCUAUGAUACCUCUUCUGCAGCCCUAAUGUACAUCUGUUAUGAACUGGCUUACCAUCCAGAAUAUCAGCAAAGACUGUAUGAAGAACUACUAAAAGCUAAGAAAAGCCUCGGCGAGAAAGAGUUCGAAGCAGCAGAUUUAGCGGAGUUGCCGUUCCUUAAUGCAGUGUUUAACGAAACAUUGAGAAAAUACCCCAUCAUGGGUUGGUUGGACCGCGUGGCCCUCAAGGACUACCGGGUUGAUGAGAAGCUCACCAUUAAGGCUGGUACGGUGGUGUACGUCAACGCUGUCGGCAUGCACAAGGACCCGCAGUACUUCCCCGAGCCAGAGAAAUUCCAUCCUGAAAGAUUCCUUCCUGAAAAUGUGAAGAAUAUCGUGCCUUACACGUUCCUGCCUUUUGGAGAUGGACCGAGGAGCUGUAUAGGUAAACGCAUAGGCCAGAACACAGUUCGGUACGCAUUGGCCGCUGUACUCCUGAACUAUGAGGUCAGAUCGAAGCCAGGAGAGGUGGAGCCGAACGACAUGAAGUUUGACAGGAGACAGAUGUUCUACGCGCCUGCGCAGGACCUGUCCGUCGAGUUCAUACCGAGGAAAUAAGCGUGUGUGUGUAGCCAGGGUUACACGACGACACGAGCUGCCCGGCCGCUGAAGCAGAGGAAGGUUGUGGAACGGAGAAACUGAUGCAUUAAGCAAAAUAUUCGCACCAGUGUAAGCCUAGACAAGGUAGCAUAAGAAUUAAAAACUUUAAAUGAAUAGGAACGAAAUUCCUUUUCGGCAAGUGUUGUGACUUUGACUUGUCGGUUCAAUACAUUGAUGUGAUUCAAUACCAGGGCUAUGUAUCUUCAGGCCUAUUGAUGCUAUUUUGUAUAUUUUAUUGUGCAUAGUAAAUUGUGUUUCUCCGUUCUUCAAUAAUGGAAGAUCGUUCCGCUUUAGUGGUCAGGCAGCCGUAUACCCAUAUUUGAUAACGGCAAUAUGGAAGCCAGCAAAUGCUGUGGCAAGUGACUAUGAGUCCAAA